CAGAGCAAAGGAGCAACUGAGACCAGAGGGACAGGGAGUGCAACGGCAAAACGGGACCCGCCACUCUCUGCUGUGAGACUUGCACGUGGCCUUGAUGACUUGUUGGGAGAGUUAGCGGGGAACACCUGAGUUGUGUCAGACAGAAGCAGAAGAGCUACCUGUUACCUGUGAAGCUUUGUGACAGCGGCGAGGAGAAGAGAAGAAGGCUGGGCAAAGAUCAAACCUGGACCUCAUCUGUCUCCUCUCGGGCUUUGUUCCCUCUGCAUCCCCCCCGCAGGGUGUAUGGUGUGCAGACAGACAGAUUGAUUUGAACACUGAACUGCACCUUCUGAUGAAAGCCCAACUUUUCUGGAUCUUGCAGCUUUUCCAGCCACCACACAACUUUGCUGGAGACUGGAUCCACUGCUCAGUGUGAGAAACAGCAGGAGAGAGCGGGGGGAAAAAGAGAAUAUUGCCAUCCAUCUCUAGCCCCCACAGCCCACCCUCAGAUUUGGACGCCCCUCCUCUCUGCCUCUUCUUUUGCCCCCUGUAUCCCCCCCCCUCUCCACACCUCACCCCCCAACAGAGCAGAAAGCGUGAAAAAUCUCACUAAUGGGUUUAUUUGCUGUCAGAUCUGCGCCGAUCUGUCAUUCCCUUGGACCAUUCUGCUUGACACAUUUCAUAGUUGAGUAAGCCUCCUAGCUUUCUGGCUAGAGUUAACAGUGCCCCUGCAACGUUGUGCUGGCUGAGAGCUCAUCAAGAGGGGAGCAGCGGCGGCAGCAGUCAGUCUGACAGUCUCUUGGACAGGGAGUCCCUGAAGCUGCAUUCCUCUGGUCUCCUUCCCCCCGUUGGGACUUUGUGUUUGUCAGCCUCGUGGGCAUCCUCAGCUCCUGUCUGAUCACACGGCUGAGUCCUCCACAGAAGACUCAAACUGUUUCUGCAGAGAUUCUGGUGCUGAUUGAAGAAUAGUGUGAAGAUGUGGUGUGGGGCUGGGCCUCUGGCCGUGGUGGCUGCAGUGUUUUGGACUCAGUGUGUCCUUCUGGAUGGGGUGGAUGCCAAGAAGGAGAGAAAGAGGCCAAAGGAGGCCACCCCACAACACACAGAGACCUACAAUGCUACCAUUUCCAACAGUGAGGAGGUCGGAGGAAACAUCAAGAUUUCAGACAACCAGCGAGUGGAUCCACUGGGAUCAUGGAUGGACUUUGUCAAAAGACCUGUUGGCAACUUCCCUGGAAAAUGUCGCAAACGCAAACGACCCCUGCCGGGCCCACCUGGUCCUCCAGGUCCUCCUGGCCCUCAGGGACCUCCUGGCUCUCCUGGGGCUGAAGUGACCCAGGAAGUUCUUUUGCAGGAGUUCAAAGACAUGAUUAAAGAGGCUACAGAGAGGAGAGCAGCAGCACUGGACAGACAAACCAGCCCCAGCCAGCUACCUACUGCUCUCCUCACCCUGGAGGGGAUGACCUCCUACCGGCGAAUAGAGGAGGCUUUCCACUGCAAGCUCAAGGGACCUGUGGUGGUCGACAAGAAGACUCUGGUGGAGCUCCAGAACUUUCAGACACCACCAGCUAAAGGAGCCUUCCUCAGAGGGUCAGGAAUGGACCAGUCUACUGGGAGAUUCACUGCUCCCAUCACUGGGAUCUACCAGUUCUCUGCUAACGUCCACAUCGACCACAAUGAGGUGAAGAGGAGCAAGAGUCAGCUCAAGGCCAGGGAUAAUGUUCGGGUGCUGAUCUGCAUCGAAUCACUCUGCCACAGAUACACUUCACUGGAGAUGAUUGUUGGAUUAGAAAGUAACAGCAAGAUAUUCACUGUCAGUGUGCAGGGGCUGCUGGAGCUACAGGCCGGGCAGUACACCUCCAUAUUUGUGGAUAAUGCAGCAGGCGCCUCCAUCACAAUACAGAAUGGGUCCGAUUUUAUGGGCAUGCUGCUCGGUGUAUAGCCUCACGACAUGAACAAGGCAUCAUCCAACCAUCCACUGCUGCCUUUUUUUUGUUUUGUGUGUUUUUUUCAAUGGACUGCUUGGUACCAAACCACAGGGGAGGUUUGAAGGAAGGAAGCGAGGCUGACAUGGACUUGACUGCUUGUCAGAUGGUGAAAGGACAGUGUGAAGAACUCAAGGACUGAGGUUGUUUUUCACAGCGCACCACUGCCACUUCCCCGAGGAACUUGGAUGCCUGUCGCUUCACCAAUAAAAAUAACCUGAAAAUAAAGUACGUCUGUUACAGUAUACUUUUCCUGGUUGUUGAAGACCUUUGCGGUAAACCAAAUAUCAAUGUUUUUUGAUGUUCUCUGGAAAGAUAUUGGAAGAGCUGGAGAACAUGAGAAAGUACAUUUGUGUUAAAUGUGUACUGACAUGUUAAUGUUUGUUGUCUACAUGAUCUAUUAUGUACACACUCAAGAACUAUAGUUAUUGUUUAUCAUGGAUUAAGUCUCACACUUAUAUAUGUAAUAUGGUACAUAGACUGUGAGUACACUGGACAAUGGAAACAUGCUCCAUAGACAGAAUACGGCCUCACGAGACCUUGUCCCACAUAUGUAAUUACAAGGGCUGUCAGAAUAAUGCGUUCAUUUUCAUUAAUUAACAACAACGCAAUUGAUCGCGUUUCAUGGUACCCUUUGACAAGGUGCUUCACUGAAAGCCACAGUGGCUUUGUCACAUGAUGGAGGCAGAUGAGACAAUGCUGCUUGGCCCUGUGAGCAGAAAAUUACAUUUAAAAACACCCAAUGGAACUGUUGAUAGGAGCAUCGUUCUCUGCAAUUUCUGCAGGGAGAAAUUUUCGUACUAUCGGAGUACUUAUAGUCAAAAAUAUCACCUUAACGCAAAGCAAUUAGCAGCGAACCCGGAGGUCAGAGCUAGCACAGCCUCUAAUGCUAGAGCUAGCAGCCAGCCUCAUCAAACCACAGUCGACCAGGUGUUCAGACACAAAUUGAGUACGUCUACUUAUGACUGACUAAAACACGGGACAGUUGUUUCCAAAAUCCAGCAGCCUUACUAUGACACACCUGCCAAAAUUCAAUUUUUUUUUUUUUUAAUCGCUUUACAGCCCUAGUAAUGACAUCUUCUGUAAUAUUACUAUAACUGCAUUUUUAGCCAUUCUAGCAGUGUGGCAGUGUCGGUUGUUCGGUCCAUGCCAAAAUAUUUCAACAACAGUUGGAUGUAUUUCCAUGAGAUUUUGCACAGACAUUUGUGGUCCCAAGAGAAUGAAUCCUACUGUUUUUGGUGGUCCUUUGACUUUUCAUGUAGCGUCCAAGCCCCGAGGAGGAGCGCCAAGCUUUGAGGCCAAGUUUAUAGUGGCCAAACAGUGGCAUUACAACUUUUGGGUCUGUUACAUAAUGCCACUGGGCCCCCAAAGACCUUUUCCUAUAGACUUACAUUGUAAAAGAGACGUCUGUAAAUCAUUGGAUUUUUUGAGCAUCAAAACCCUUGAGAGAUAACUUAUUUCACUAUAAGGAUUUGAUGUAUUCAGUCCAAAAAUGUUUUGAAAGUCUAGUAAAGAUUCAGGUUAUUUUGUGCACAGAGUUCGGCCUUCUUUGACUUUUUGCUCCAGUGAGCAACUUUCAUGGGAGUGAAUGGUGCCCCGUCUCCAAAGCUGUAUCCCAUUCUCUUUAUACAUCCAUGGUAGCCUCGCCAUGAGGCUGACAUUUGUUGUUUUGAGUAAAAUAUUGCAACAACUGUUGGAUGGAUUGGCAUUAAAUCUGAUCCCCUCAGGAAGAAUUUGUAACCAAUGUUAGCAUGCUAACACGCUAAGAUGGUAAACAUGUUUAGCAUCGUACCCACUAAAUGUUAGCAUUGCCAUAGUGACAAGGUUAGCAUGCUGAUGUUAGCGUUUAGCUCAAACAGUCAUUUUGCCCAACAUACAGCCUCAUAGAGCUGUUAGCAUGGCUGUAGACUCUUAAAGCCUUUUCACAUUACAGCGGGAAAAGAAGGGUUUUGCGCUGUGCUCUCCGAAUUGAUUGGUGCAGUGUUUACCACUACCGGACACCCAGUGGCGUUUUACUAGACAACACCACCUUAGCACAAUGCCAUUGUUGUUAGCAUUAGAUUGCAAAGCUGCAUCUGCAUGCUGAAAUUUUACAGAGCGAAUAUCUGAUUUGUGUGGUGUCGAUAUGAGGCUGGUUAUAUUACUGUACACUGAUGGAAAUUUAAAGACACAAGUAAUUCCAUCUCUCAAUUCAAGCAGUGGUGAAAAGCAACAGAUGUCAGCUCAGGUCAAAGUUCAACAAAUUUGAAUUCUCUUUGCACCACAGAUGUCUGCGCAAAGUCAGCACAACACACCACAUACACAAUAAUGGAGAAAAAGCUGGUUAUCCACGACUAUGUGCAUACGCCUUUUUUAAAUGUGUCAGACAAAUCGAGAUUCACUUCGACUGUUAAGAGCUGUAAGAGAACUGUUUUUUUUACCUUAAGAUUAUUUUUACAGUCUAUUUUGUGUUAUCAUUCAUCAUCUUUUUUUUUAUUUUUUACUGUAUUUUAUUAUUUUCUUGACAUAUAGAUGUUUGUAAUUUAUAAUAACUAAUACACCAGUUACAUUGGAAAGCAUUGAAAUUUGCUAUGGUAUUUAUGUGUAUGAAUCACUUGUUGAUUGACACUCGUGGACUCUUGAAACCACAGAUUAUUGCAAGAAUAAAAUUUAUCUUUUUGCUAUUUUUUUAUUAUCCAUAUUAUGCU